AUGGCGGCAGAAACAGUGCAGAUAGAAGCUGUUGCUACACAUCCACAGACGCUCUUUGAAACUGAUCAUCAGAUUGAUCUGUUCUGCCCACGUUUUGACCGGGCAUUACCUUCUAAAGUUCAGAAUCAGGAACCUGAGGGCCUCCACCAGCCCCUGGACACGAUGGAAGACAAAGUCUACUUGGCAUUUACAUGCAAAACCAAGAGACUCAAGUUUGCUAGAGAAUUGUUCUUCCUCCCCAGAGGCACAAUGCGGAAGAACUGA